AUGCGCUCUGCGCCGACUCGCGCUGUGGGCAGCUUCGUCUGCCGGUCCUGCGCUGUGCUCCCGCGCGGCCGCCCGCUCAUCAUCUCCAGCAGUCGACAUGCAACGAAACCACCAAUCUGGCGAACGACCGGCGUUCGCUGGUCCGGCAGCGCCCCCACCGCCUCCGCCGCUGCCGUCUUACCAGAUGCCAGCAUGAACCAGAGAGACGCCGCGCCCGGGCCUGGCACCAAAGUCCAGCGCAUCACGGACCCGACCGAGCUCGCCGCCCUCGCCGAGGACAGCAGCAAAAAGUUCCAGUCGGUCGACGGCAUACCGGCCAAGGCGCUGACGGCCGCGGCGCUGCAGUCGUGCCUGCGCGCCGCCACCGCCAUGCACCCGCAGCUGAAGCGCGCCGAGUCGCAGGGCAAGGCGUCGACGGCGCGGCUCGCCUCGCUCAACGGCGAGCGCACCGGCUCCAAGCUGGCCAUGGACACGCGCAUCGCCGAUGCGACGAACCGCAUCUCCCGUGCCGCAUGGAGCAUCAUCAGCAGCCCCGACGUCGAGAUGACGCCCGACUUCCUCGAGACGUACGUGCGCAUCCAGCACCAGCUCGGCCGCCCCGAGUCGCUGCCGGCCGUCUUUGCGCUCUACGCCACCAAGAGCAGGCCCGUGGUGGAGAAUGGCAUCGUCGCGUACCGCCGCACGAACCCCAAUGCCGCCUCGCGCGCCGUGGAGACGGCCGUGGUCAACAUGGCGCUGCAGACGGCCAUUGACGCCAAGAACCUGGACGCCUCGCUCGGCAUCAUCGAGGCCGGCUUCUGCGUCCCGGCGUUCAAGCGGGCCAAACUCAUCAAGCACGGUACGGCGCCCGCCAUUGGUCUCUUGACGCUGCCCUUUGGCAUCAUCGGCCUGUCUACGGCGUACGCUGCCUACUGGCAGAACACCAUGGAUGUGACGACCGCCACGGCGAUUGGCGCCGCCGGCAUCUCUGGCUAUCUCUUUGUGGUCGGUUCGCUGGGCGUCAUUGCAAAGCUCAGCCACAAGGAUCAGAUGAAGCGUGUUACCUGGACACCUGGUACGCCGCUGCGCUAUCGCUGGAUGCGCGAGGAAGAGCGCGCUGCCCUGGACAAGGUGGCUCUUGCUUGGGGCUUCAAGGAACCUUGGAGACAUGGUGAGGAGAUGGGCGCCGACUGGGAGGGCCUUCGGGAGUACAUGGGCUACCGCCAGAUGAUCCUCGACCGUGUCGAGUUCAUGGACGGCAUGAGCUAG